AGCACUGUAUCAAUUUUUCCAAACUUUUCCCCCCAAGGCUGGCAUAACGUCAUCCAGCAAAGUUGAGGAGAUUAGCGCUUCCAAAAACAUGAUCGAAGAUGAACCAGACAACGUCGACUUUGGGGACGGGGUCAAGGAUUUCGACGACAUCCUUGUGUUAAUUGGCGAAUUCGGAAAGUUCCAAAAAUUAGUCUUCUUGUUACUCUCCAUAGCAAGUAUUCUACCAGCCAUGGAUUAUGCUGCAGUUGUCUUUAUAGAGGAGACUCCUGACUUCAGGUGUAGACUCCCCGGAGAUUUGAACGACUCUUACUCUCCAGGGAUGGCACUGUACCUAAACACAAGUGAUCACGUGACAUCAAAUGCAACGGCGCAAUGUACACAACUCGAUGUCGUUAUCAAUCACCAGGGGAAUGUCAGCCAAGACGGGACACACCCGAGCAAAUGCACCGAAUGGGUGUUUGAUACUUCAGUAGUAAAGCAUUCAUACCCCAUGCAGUUCAAACUGGUCUGUGAUAAUUCCUGGAUGCUCACGUUCUCUUACAUCAUGUACGUGUCGGGGACUUUGAUUGGUGGUUUGGCGUUCGGUUUACUGUCAGACUGGGCCGGCAGAAGGUUUUCUCUCCUGCUUGCCUUAGGGUUGAGUGGGUUCUUCGGAUUAGGCUGGGUCUUUUCACCCACAUAUCCUUGUAGUAUAGCUAUACGGUUCAUGUACGGAAUGUUUACCAGCGAAAUAUUUACUCUCAGCACGACAUUAGCCCUGGAGCUUGUAGGGCCUCACAAACGCAUGAUAGCCGGAACAGCUGUGGGUAUCGUCUCCACGGCGGGCGGAGUAGUGGUAACGGGAAUAGCCUAUUUUCUGCGAGACUGGCGCCAUCUACAGUUAUCAAUAUCUGCGCCGUAUUUAGUAUUUGCAGCGACUUUGUUUUGGCUCCUUCCUGAAUCUCCACGAUGGCUGCUAACGAAAGGACGUCACGAGGAAGCCGAGAAGAUCCUGAGGCGUGCAGCGAAAAUGAACGGCAAAGAAUUCCCCAAGGGCCUUCUGACCAAGGUGGAAAUAAACGAGCUACCUAGCACGAGUAUCCGGGCUCUACUACACGCCCCAAAAUUGAUGUUUAGGAUGCUGUUGUUGUAUAUUAAUUGCCUUCAUGGCAAUGCCAACAAAUCCAAAAAUUAA